GACACGUCCUGAGAAGGGCCGCCGCGGAACGCGUUUCCCGCGCCGUCGCGCUUGCGAGGGGGAAGGCGGAAGCGGCGGACGGCGGGCGCUCUGCUUCCGGCGCCGGAGUCGCGGUGGCCGCCUUCGCGCUAUGGCGGCGCUCGGCCGGCAGGUCUCGGCUUGGUACCACCUGAUCCCCCUCACCUGGGCCCGCAUGUCUAGGCAGACUCCUCAGAAAAAGAUGACGGCUUCCUCGUUGUGUAAACUGACCACAGCCUCCACCGGAGGGGGCCUUGAGGAGGUACCCUGUGUGCAGGACCCAGCGUGCAGGACGCAUCUCCCUCAGUGCCUCCUCGAGAAGCAGAGUGCUCCUGUGGACGGAGGGCCCUGGGAGCGAGAGGAGGUCAUCACUUCCCUCCUGGACAUGGGUUUCAGUGAUGUCCACGUGAAUGAGUUGCUCACAGUGCAACCAGGUACCCACCCUCAACAGGUGCUGGAUAUCGUUUCAGAAUUAAUACUCUUGGGUGUGAAUCCAGAGCCUGUGUGUGUGGCUCUGAAGAAAAGUCCUCAGUUAUUGAAACUGCCUGUGAUGCACAUGAAGAAGCGCUCCAGUUAUCUGCGAAAGCUUGGCCUUGGAGAAGGGAAGCUGAGGAGGGUGCUUCACUGUUGCCCCGAAAUCCUCACCAUGCGUCAGAGGGAUAUUGCCAACACUGUCAGGGUUCUCCGGGACAAGUGCCUUUUCACCGUGCAGCAAGUAACCGAGAUUUUGCACAGAUGCCCCUAUGUUCUUCGGGAGGACCCCGGUGAGCUGGAAUACAAAUUCCAGUAUGCCUAUUUCAGGAUGGGCGUGAAGCACGCGGACGUGGUGAGGACCGACUUCCUGCAGUACUCCAUCACCAAGACCAGGCAGAGACACACGUUCCUGGAGCGCCUCGGACGGUACCAGACCCCGGAUAAGAAGGGGCAGACACAGGUCCCUAACCCUCUACUCAGGGACAUUCUCAGAGUUUCCGAAGCUGAGUUUCUGGCCAGGACGGCCCGUUCUUCUGCUGAGGAGUUUGAAGUUUUUAAGAAGCUCUUGGCUCGGGAGGAGGAAGAAGAGCCUGAGAACCCCAUGCCUGGUGACAAAAGCACAAGUGAGGACGAGGAGGAUGGGGACGGGGCGGGGGAGGGGGAGCUGUGAUGCCAGUGCCGGGAUGAGCCAAGCCCCAAGACGUCAAAGGGUGUUUUAAGUUUCUCGACACUUUUGGGAGCUUCGCUUGGAUCUUCUCAGGUUAUUUUUCAUUCUAAAACUGGUCUUUUGAUGAAAAAUUAUUAUCCAUCACCUGAGAAGUGGUCAGACUAAGGGGGAGGUGCGUGCGUCUGAUGUGUUGUCAGGUUUCUGUUCCUUCGUGAAUAAAAUACUGACUUGGAGCUGUUAAAAUCAGGGAACUCAGUAUAUCAAAACUUG